AUGUCAUACCUUCCUUUUUUGUUUCUUAUUGUUCUGUGUCGCUCAAAUACCCGUGGUCUGAGGGCGAUUCUUUCUUCAGACUCCUACCCUCUGGACCACAGUCCUGUCGCUAUAGAGCUUCUUUUGGGCACUCUCUCUAUGCCACUCACUUUAUUGUCACUACACUGA